GGAUCGUCACCAGGGGUGGCAAUCCUUUUCUCUUGCCUCGAUUAUGGCCAGGCCUCUCGGAUACGAUCCAGUUCCUAUCUCUCGGACACGCCGUUGACAAGACAAGACAAUAUGUCGAUACCUUUCUUGUCGAACUUCCUCUAGCCAGUGGGAUGACUUUCUCCAUUGUCUACGACUCGGGCGACCUUGCAUACCAUGGCCGUUCUGACAAGACGGUAAGACGGGCAUAGAUACGCGCCCUCGAUGAUUGACCUGGUUUACUUGGGAGCUGAUUCUGUAUCCCUCGCGACUACUGUAAUUGGUUCGCAGUUGGGUGGUAUGCCUACCUACCAAGCCCUACCUAGGUACCUAGCUACCCUCCUUCGUCUGUUGUCCUUAUCCAGACGUUGCCUUGAAGCCCCCCUUCCUCCCACAAGUCCAGGCGUCUUGGCGACAGCAGUAUUAUGCCAUUUUUCAUUGAUGCCCCCCAAAAGGCCCCUUUCGUCGCCCCAUCACCCAGCUCGGAGGGUUGCCCCAAAAAUGGACUGCCAAGAAGGCUUGUGGUGCGGCCAGGGUUGGGUCCCCAGAUGGCAAGCAUUUGGCACUGAUAACUGGCCUUCCAAUUUUCCCCCUUCCGCCUCCAUCGCCACGGUGCAUGGGACAGGGUCGUCUCGCAUGCACAGUAAAACGGUUUGUUUCUCGAGUGCUUCCACCCCCGGGUACCGCGAUCGACAGGAUUUAAUAAGACCUGCCGCUCCCCGUCCCGUUCCCCUCUCCUGGACUUUCCUCUCUUUCUUCCUCACCCGCUCGCCACCCCUUCGUCUUUCCUUUUUGGCAUCGCAGCCUUAUCCCUAGCGGAUUGCGACAAACCCGGCCCAUUUGUUUGUGCCCUUUACAUUCCUUUUGUUGUCUUUCUCAUCCCCAAGGAGACACGAAAAAAAAAGAGACAACAAGGCUCGGAGAGGACAUGGCGUCCAAGCUCGAUAUGGCGGACGAGAAGGGUACCGCCGGUGCUGGUACCCUUCCCACUUACGGUGGAUCCCCCGACGCGUCUCACCAGGACGUCGCUUUCGACAAUCGCGAGGAGAACUUUUACACCCGCAACGGUCUCAACUUGGAGUCCUUCAAGUGCCGUAGCUAUGGCCAGGGCCUCGUGGAGCUUGACCGCACCAUGAAGAAGCGCCACUUGCACAUGAUUGCAAUUGGUGGCUCGAUUGGUGCUGGUUUCUUCGUCGGUUCCGGUUCUGCCUUUGCCAAGGGUGGUCCCGGUGCCGUGUUCAUUGACUUCGCCAUCAUCGGAGUCAUGAUGUUCAACGUCGUCUACGCUCUUGGUGAACUCGCUGUCAUGUAUCCUGUUUCUGGUGGUUUCUACACGUACUCGGUCCGCUUCAUUGAUCCUUCAUGGGGUUUCGCCAUGGGCUGGAACUACGUUUUCCAAUGGGCUGUUGUGCUUCCUCUCGAACUUACUGUUUGCGGUUUGACAUUGAACUACUGGGAAGGAACAAAAGCCGUGCCCCUGUGGGCUUGGAUCCUCAUCUGGUGGUUUGCCAUUAUCAUAAUCAACAUCUUCGGCACUCUUGGUUACGCUGAGGAAGAAUUCUGGUCCUCGUGCUUGAAGCUCACGGCUAUCGUCAUCUUCAUGAUCAUCGCUUUCGUUCUCGUGCUUGGUGGUGGCCCCAAGGGAGGCAAAUACGACUCGUACUGGGGCGCAAGACACUGGUACGAACCCGGUGCGUUCCAGAACGGAUUCAAGGGCUUCUGCGCUGUCUUCGUUACUGCUGCCUUCUCUUUCUCGGGAACUGAGCUGGUCGGUCUCGCCGCCGCCGAGUCUGCCAACCCCGCCAAGGCCCUUCCUGGUGCCAUCAAGCAGGUCUUCUGGCGUAUCACCCUCUUCUACAUCCUCGGUCUGUUCUUCGUCGGACUCCUGGUCUCUUCCACCGACGAGAGGCUCCUGAGCUCCAACCCGUACGCCGAAGGUACUUCGCCCUUCGUCAUUGCUGCCAAGGACGCCGGCCUUAUCGGAUUCGACCACUUCAUGAACGUCAUCAUCCUGGUUUCCGUCCUGUCCAUCGGUGUUUCUUGUGUGUACGGAGGCUCGCGUACCCUUACCGCUCUUGCCCAGCAGGGCUACGCCCCCAAGGUCUUCACCUACGUUGACAAAUCUGGUCGCCCCCUGGCCUCCGUUUUCGUCAUCAUCGCUUGCGGUGCCCUGGCUUUCCUUAACCUGGAUGCUGGUGCCGAAAAGGUUUUCAGCUGGCUCCUUUCGCUUUCCGGUCUGGCCGCCCUCUUCACCUGGGGCUCCAUCUGCUUGGCCCACAUCCGUUUCCGUCAGGCCUGGAAGGCCCAGGGCCACACCCUCGACGAGAUUCCUUUCCAGGCUGCCCUCGGUGUCACCGGCUCCUGGAUUGGUCUUGUUCUUUGCGUUCUCGUCUUGAUUGCCACUUUCUACUCGGCCCUCUUCCCCUACAACAAGCCCGGUGUCGGUACUGCAGAGUCCUUCUUCGCGGAGUGGCUCUCGGUCCCCGUCAUCCUGUUCUUCUGGGCCUGUGGUUACAUCUGGAAGCGUGAGGGUGGCCUCAAGCUGUCGCAAAUCGACGUCGACACUGGACGUCGUGAGCACGACUGGGACAUGAUCAACGCCUACAAGGCUGAGGUUGCUGCCAUGCCCUCAUGGAAGCGUUUCAUCAAGAAGGUCUUCUAAAUUACUGGUUUAGUUGCUUUAUUUCUUUUAAUGUGGGAUUUCUCAAGCCUCUUACAUCAAGAUUGCUCUUUGAUAAUCUGGGUGAAAGGAGGCUGGGGAUGUCCUGUCCCUCGCAGCAACUCUCUCUCUCACUCUAAUGCAGCAAGUUGCGCCUUCUUUUGUUUCUCCCACGAGGAGCCUAGGAGGUUUAGUAGCUUCUGCCAUCUAGAUAAUAAUUCUCGCGCGGGCUCUUCACGCACCAACGAUAUCCUGUCUCUUUAUUUUCUAGCCUGGACUUAUACACUAUACCAAAUUCAUCUUUCCAGCAAAAAAUUGUGAUAC